AUGUUGGUUCUUUUCGAGACAGCUGCAGGUUAUGCAGUAUUUAAGGUCCAUGAUGAAAAGGGUGUUCGUCAAAUCGACGAUUUGGCUAAGGCAUUCGAAGAUACAGCCACAAUGAAUCAGCUAAUUCAGCUUGAGCGCUUUGUCCAGUUCAAGGAUACGAAGGAUGCAUUAGUAGCUGCUUCGGACAUAAUGGAAGGAAAAUUGUCUAAGAAAUUGAAAAAGCUUUUGAAAAAGUUGUACGUCAAGGAGCUAAGAGACGAUGUGCUUGCAGUUGCCGAUAAAAAGUUGUCAGUGGAUAUUAAUACAAAAAUGAGUAUACCAACAGUUAGUGAUUCUCUAGUGCAAAACCUUAUGCGAGGAAUCCGGACACAUAUCGAUAACCUCCUUCCUGUUGUUGAAGAUAGUCACAUGAUGAGGAUGCGUUUGGGUUUGGCUCACAGUCUUGAUAGAUAUAAACUGAAAUGUAACCCAGACAAAAUUGAUACCAUGAUAGUUCAGGCAGUCGGCCUCAUGGAUGAGCUAGAUAAAGAAAUAAACAACUAUAUAAUGCGUGCUAAAGAAAUGUACGGGUGGCAUUUUCCUGAAUUGUCGAAGAUAGUUUUGGAUAAUGUAACAUACGUCAAAGUAGUCAAACGAAUCGGUCAUAGGACAAAUUCAAGUGUUGACUUAUCAGACCUCGUACCGGAUGAACUAGCUAGUCAAAUAAGAGAAGCUUCUAUCGUCUCCCUAGGAACAGAAGUAAUCGAUGAAGACAUUAAUAUGAUCAACGAACUGUGCGAUCAGGUACUUGAAGCUUCUGCCUCCCGUAUUCAGCUCCACGAUUAUCUUAUCAAGCGGAUGGUGGCAGUAGCUCCAAAUUUGACAGCUCUCGUCGGGGAACUUUUGGGUGCAAGGCUCAUAGCUCGGGCAGGAACACUCGUUAACCUAGCUAAACAUCCUGCUUCAACAGUACAGAUACUGGGCGCUGAGAAGGCAUUAUUCCGAGCAUUAAAAACACGACAUAACACUCCAAAAUACGGUCUAUUGUAUCAUGCCACAUUAGUAACACAAUCAGACAAUCAAUUCAAGGGUAAAAUGUCACGAAUGUUAGCUGCAAAAGCAUCAUUAUCAGCGCGUCUUGACGCUCUUGGUGAAGAGGGUGUUGACACAGAAAUGGGGAUACGAGCAAGAGCAUACUUGGAAAAGAGACUUCGACAGUUAGAAGCUGGAACUUUUAACCCGAGAUUAUCGGCGAUUAAGCGGGGAUUAAAGUCAGAGGACGGUCAACCGAAAUCGAAGAAGAUGAAGGUGGAUGAGUGA